AUGGCAAUGUACGCUUUCCUGCGAGCAGCUGUGGCACUUGCCACCGUGGCUGGUAGAACGGCGCCAAAGAACAUCGUUGUUGUAGGAGGCAUCAUGAAGAGCCACCAACUGGCAAUGGUGCCAGUCAUUGAAGGCUUGUUGGAACGUGGCCACAACGUGACCUUUAUCUUGCCCAAUAGCCCGGAAGCACACCAGUGGUUUCCCGAAGGUAUAGGCCAUGCACAUCUUCUGCAUUUGGGACCUGAAGACUCAACCUUUGAAUCUUUCAAGAUACCAGAUAUGAAGAAUUUGCCGUGGUACAAAAAGAUUGCUGCGUGGGCUGACAUUCUGUGGAAUUAUCGUCGCAUGUUGGACAAGCCCUUCUUUGGCAUGGUUGAGGACUUCCGCAGUCUGAUUCAGCAGAAUCGUUUCGACGUGGCCUUCUCCUUCGCCAUGGCCUUGGGAUGCAACCAGAUUCUGGCGACCAGUGGUAUCCCUUGGAUUGGCUUCAUGAGCGUUCCACCGUACCCUGAGUUUGUGAUUCAGGACACUGAUCUCUUGUGCAACUAUCCCAACAUGGCGAAUCCCCGAAGCCUUCGAGAGCUGAAAGACUCACGGAGGCUCCGAGUGCAGAAUCGCAUUGAGUGCAAGCUCCUGCAUGCCUACACACUAUUUGCCACUUGGACUGUGAACGGUGUCCUGAGAGAUCGCGGAUUCGGCACUGUGCAACACUUCUCCAAUCUCCUGCUACAAGCACCGCUGAACAUCAUGCUGGGUGGGCCGCCCCUGUCCUUGCCUGUCCGAGUGCCUUCAAAGGUGCAAGUGGUGGGGACCAUGGAACUACCCAAGCCUCGAGCUCUACCCUUGCAGAUGGCCGAAUGGCUGGAAGCUGCGCGUUCGGCCUCUGAAGCGGUGGUCUAUGUCUCGAUGGGAACAAAGUACGAACUCACCAAUUCCAGCGGGCAGAACUUGCUUCUGAUGUUGCAGCGACUUCAGAGUUCCGGGCUACGUAUCUUAUGGUCCCUUCGGCCACAGCAGCAAGAGCUGCUACGCGAGUUCUUGCCAGCACCCAGCAGCUCCAUCCGUAUUGAGGCGUUCACGCCACAGCCAGAAGUUUUAGCUCAUCCGGCCGUGAAAAUGUUCCUCUCCCAUUGCGGUUGGGGAGGUGUUACAGACAGCCUCUCAGCAGGUGUUCCGACCUUGGCCUAUCCAUCUUUCUCGGACCAGAAGGGCAAUGCACAGCGCUUGUGCGAUGCAGGUGCUGCUCUCCUGGUGAUUCCAGACUUUGGAAACCUACCAGAGGUCGCAGCCCGCAUACUCCAGGAGCCGAGCUUCGCAGCCCAAGCGCAGCGACUCGGAGCAGCGCUGAAACGUUUGGGUGGUUUGAACCGAAGCUUGCAGCUCAUCGAGGCAGCUGCUGAGGGAAGGUAUUUGGAGCCUCCGCCCGAAAUCCGUCAAGCAAUGGAUCAGGUGGACCCAUUUCUUCACAGAACCCACGAGGUUGAGAUUGUGCCUCCAGCUGGACAGUUGGGACUUUGGAGAGCUCACAGCGUUUGCGUGCUUUUGCUUCUUGAUGAGCCUUUGCACUUGUUUAUGCUGCUACUUGGUGUGAAAACGUCUGAAGUGUUGCCUGUGGUGUUGCUGUCGUGCAUCAUGGUCGUCCCCCAAGCCGAGAAAGCCCAAAUCGAAGAUGGCGGGUGGCAAGAAGCUUCAGUGAUGCGCGCGGUGCGCAGCUGUGCGCAGUGCGCUGGAUAUGAAGAUGAAGAUCAUGACCUGAGAGCCUUACAGCGUCAUGGCCCUGUGGCAGGUCCUGGUCCGGAGGUCCACUUAUCCUCAUCCGAGCCAAUGCAGCAGAGCUGUCCAGAAAAUCCCAGGCCCUCGGUGAUCACAGUGCCACCUUUGCCGAGCUGCCUUGCUAAGGAGCCGGACCCGGCGUCGGUGCCCCAAAGUGUGCGCCAAGGUGCAGAGGUGGCCAUGGGUCCCAGCGACACUAGCCCAAAGGGAGCUUCCACAGAGCGUACUCCUGUCUCUUCCCAACGAUCCAGCCGGGGAGGUUCAGAUCCCAAAGAAAGGUGGACCACCCCUGUGAGACGUUUGGAUGCCUCCUUGCCCACAGAGGACCUUUGUCCCUCCUGUGGUGCCAAUGUCCCAAGCGAUGCCAUUUAUUGUCGAAGAUGCGGAACUCGCUGCAAGGAUGCAGCAAGUGUUGCGGCCGUGAAGACGGAGCUGCCAGCACCACUCAUCCAGGCAAAGCGUUUGGAGUCGGUCCAAGGUCCCGCAGUCAGCCCCUUGACGCUGCCUGUUGGUGCUUUGGGCGUCAAGACGACCUCAGGCACGGCGGCUUCCGCUGCAGCUAACACCAUGGGCACCAUGGGUAACAUGGGUACCAUGGGCACCGUGGCCCCUGCAACUUCAAGCCUGACUUGGAGGGCAUCGUCGCCGCCGUGGACGCCGUGGACGCCUGGCUAUCAGCCACAGGUUGCUACGGUGGCUGGAAGGAUGUCCCUCCCAAGGACGGUAGCGCCGGUAGCGCAAGGGACAGGCCUUGGCUUUACACCGCAAACGAUGCCACCCAUGCCAGGUCGAAGCUUUACAUAG